AUGGGAAAAGCAAGUAAAAGGGGAACUGAAUUCUCCUUGGAAGAUGAAGAUGAAGAUGACGAUCAAUCGUAUAACCUAAGGUCAUCGCGGUCUAAUGCCAAGUCCAAAUCGAGGCCCUCCGGUGGUAGCAGAACUAAUCCAAGAGCGUCCAAGAGAGCUCGACUUUCGGGUGCUAGGGCGACUGAAGAGUCUAGUCACAUCAGAUUGUCUUUCCAAGAUUUCGAUGAAGCUUUGAGCGGGUUCAAGGUAUCUUCUUCUGGCUAUGAAAGGAGCAAGAAUACGGAUUUAUGGGUUGACAAAUACAAGCCUCGCACCUUGGAAGAGCUUGCUGUUCACAAAAAGAAGGUUGAGGAAGUUAAAUUGUGGUUUGAAGAAAGUUUGGAUUUCUCAAAGGAUGGUUUCAGGAAUAAUGUUCUACUAGUCACGGGGCAAGCUGGAGUCGGAAAAUCUGCUACUAUCCAUUUGAUUGCGUCUAUCCUUGGAGUCACAGUGUAUGAGUGGAACGCUCCUAUUCCUACAGUCUGGCAAGAACACAUGCAUAACUCAAGUUCAGGACUGAAGUACACAUCGAAGCUGGAUGAGUUUGAAAACUUUGUUGAGAGUACUAGAAAAUACGGAGUGAUUGCGUCAUCGACUACUGGGGAAUUAAAGGCGCGCGUUGUUCUUUUGAUUGAUGACCUUCCUCUAGCCAAUGGGAGGCAUGCGUUUGAAAGGCUGCAAAACUGCUUAAUUCUCUUGGUGAGAUUAACCCAGAUGCCAACAGUGGUAUUAAUCACUGACUACGAUAAAACGGAGUCUUCUGACCAGAUUGCAGGAAGCAUGGAGGAUGUUCAGUCAUCUCUUGAGCGAGCAGGGGCUUUAAAGGUUGCUUUCAAUCCCAUCACUAAGAACUCAAUAAAGAAGACACUUCAGAGAAUAUGCAGAGAAGAGCAUUGUAAGGUAACAACUUUGGAGAUUGAUCAGAUGGCGAGUGCUAGUGGAGGAGACAUCAGAAAUGCUAUUACAUCUUUGCAACUCUUCUCGGUUAAGCCAGAACUGAAUCACACAAAGAUAAAACUACCACAGCCUCGCAUGGAUAACAGUUAUCAGGGAAAUGAGCAAACAAUGCACAGUAGUUUGGAUUGUGGAAUAUCUUCCUGUUUUGGUAGAGAUGAGACCCUUUCGUUGUUUCACGCUCUGGGAAAGUUUCUCCACAACAAAAGAGAGACGGAUCACGUUAUUGUAUCAGAUUGUAGUGACUCUCUAGUGCAUGAUCAGUUUGCAAGGUUACCACUGAAAAUGGAUGCUCCAGAGAAAGUUCUCAGCCAAGCUCAUGGGCAGGCAGGGCGGGUUGUGGAUUUUCUACAUGAAAAUGUGCUAGAUUUUGUGAGUGAUGAAGCCAUAGAAGAUGCCUGGUGCAUGUCUUCGUAUUUGGCGGAUGCUGAUCUCCUUCUCGCAGCUUCAAGAGGAAAGAUGAGUUGGCAUAAUAAAACAGAGGACGUUCUACAGUCAGCCGGUGCCUCAGUUGCUGUUCGUGGUGUGUUGUAUGGAAACAAGCAGCCAUGGUCAUCCAGAUGGCACGCGAUUCGCAAGCCAAAACUGUGGCAAGUGGAACAGUCCUCAAUACAAACCAAGAAGAAUCUGCGAGAGCAGAGGAACAUAGACUUUGAGGGGUCAAGAGUGUCAGAUAUAUCAGUGAUGGCUACAGAGUACAGCCCCGUGCUGAAAUGGCUAAGCUACAGGGCAUCUCCAGAUGCGUUUGCAAAAAUGGAGGAAGAGACUGAUGGGGAGGAGAGUGAAAUUUCAGAAGAUGAUGAAAUACAAGACUGGUGA